AGAGGUCAGAGAACAGAAUAGGUAAAUACUUCUAUACACUCACUAAUAGAGUAGAGGUCAGAGAACAGAAUAGGUAAAUACUUGUAUACACUCCCUAAUAGAGUAGAGGUCAGAGAACAGAAUAGGUUGCUCAAUGAAAUGGAUGAUGGUUUUGAUUCAACGGCUUCCUUGUUUACAAACACCAUUGGGAAACUUUCCAGACUAGUAAAGAACCGGCCCCGGCAGUAUAUCUACUAUCUUCUACUCUUCUGCCUCUUCGUCUUCCUUGUUCUCUGGUUCUAUAUCAGAUAGAACAUCGGGGACAUAGGAUACUGAGGAUUUAAGAAAAUUUAUGGACAUAAAAUUCGAAAAACGCUCUUCAACGGACUAAAGAAAUUAGGAAACGAGAGAAAGAAAUCGAAUUUUAAAUAAUUUUGUUCUCUUUAUUUUGUAAAGCUAAAUUCAUUUUCAUUAUUUCCAUUUAACUUUCUAAAGAAAAAAAAUAUUUAUAUUGCCUUUAAUCAAUCUGAUUCUCUUAAAACUCAUCAAAUAAUGUUUUUGUCCCGACACUGCUGUCACAAGAUAUGGUCCGUAGCUUUCAAUAAUUUUUUUUAAAACAAAUUUUGUCAAUUUCCAUAAUUUUAAACAUAAUUUAUCAUUUUUAAAUUUUGAAGAUUUUACUAUAAAUAUAUUUAUUUUUAGUUUUCUUUAGUUAAAAUACAUUCAUAGCUAUUGAUUCUGUUAGCAAUUAAGUUAUAAAAAUGUUGUUUAAAAAUUAAGAACCAGAGCUAAGAUGGAGUUGAACUACGUAGCUUAAUUUGUGAAACAUCUGAUUUCUGAUCAUUAAUCUGUUAUUGGUGCAAUCUCUAAAUUUUGACCAAUGUAGGAGUAGGGGGUUGAAUAAGGCUAUGAAGUUAAUCUGACGACUAAACACGAGAUAAACUCAUCUAGUCCAUUUUAAAGUUUUUAGCUCAGCUCCGGUUUGAUGUUUACUGUGAUAAAUUUAAACUGAAACUGUUUCGGAUUUAGUAAAAUGUAUAUUUAUUGUAAUUUCUGAGUACUGAUACAUGUACUGCUUUGUAAGGCAAAACUUAGUACAGUAGUACAAUACAAGUGGUACAUAAAACUCAAGUGCAAUUAUUCUGAUAGUGUUCAAUACAUUGUACAUGGAACUGCAUUGCACUGAAAUUGCCAAUAUGAUUGUGAAAUUUUAUGUGAUACUUUAACAUAAUUAGCUGUCAAAAUGUAAAAUAAAUCCAGUGUGAAAAGUCAACAUGAAAUUGUAUUACAAGCUAAAUUUUUGGAUUAUGGUCUACUUUUGUAUAACUAGUUCUAAAUGAGAAUGCCGCAAUUGUUUUUAAAAUUUUCACAAGUUGCUACAAUUUCAGAUAAAAUGGCGCGGCAAGGCGCAGCUCUGCAAAAUUAUAAUAAUGAGCUGGUCAAAUCGUUGGAAGAACUUUGUCAGAGGAGGCACAAUCUUCAGAACCUAAUAGAUGUGGAAGAGGCAGAAAAGCGGAAACUAGAGGAAGAAAAAAGAAGAAUAGAUGAAAGAUUACAGGUUGUGACUACUGGUUUAGAGCAAAAACUAGGAACUAAAGCAGAAUAUGACCGAGUCAUUGGAGAGGCAGAAGGAGCAUACAUGAAAAUCCUCGAGUCUAGCCAGAUUUUAUUGAAUGCUGUGAAAUUACGGAGUGAUGAUCUGAAAACCUCUGGGAGCAGGAACAAUCUUAAGGUUUCCUCGACAACUCCUGACUCUGGGUACCAUCAGAGCUCAAACCAACCAGACUCGAGACCCUGAGAACCAAAUCCGUUCUUCUAUUAGUAUUCCGUCCACAUUUAUGCAGACAAUUGAGAAGGAAACACCUUGUUUGCUAUUGUUUAUUUUCUCAUCAACUGACACAGAUUUAUUAUUUACGUUUUGCAAUCCUACUUUCUGAGAUAUUAAGAAGAGUUGUAACAAUGCGAAGAACACGAAAUUUUACUUUCUGAUCUCAUCUGACAUUUUUUGUUUUGUUAUACGCACAUUUUAAAAGGACCUGAUUUAGCUAUGAUAUAAUUAUGCAACAUAAAAAUUAUUUUGAGAUAUUUGCUUUCAAUAUUUGUGAAAAGCAUUUUUCUUAAAAUUUGUAGAAAUUUUAUCUUUAAACAAAAAUAAUUUAUUAUUAUUUAUUAAAAAGUACAUCUGUGUAUUUAAUCGACCAUUUUAUCAAAUAUUUGAACGUUUUACAGUAGUACCUUUAAUAUAUAUAUAACAAUAUUGUUAAACGCUUAUGGGUAUUGCUAACCCUGCAAUCUAAAAAUAAAUACAGUGCAAAUCAUAAGACUGUGCAGAGUUCACAGACGAAUUAAGUUGAUUAUUAAUCUACUGGUAUAUUAUUUGCUCUAUUACAAAAUCAAAUACACGAAAAUUACUUAAAGGUCGUUCUCCUGUUCUGUUAUAAAUUUAUGUAUAUUAUUGUACGAAGAAUUGUUGGGACGGGUGGUUACUUGUGAGCAAUUAACGUUACGGGGUGGGCACUGGUCUUAAAAGUCAUAAUUUGAUAAAUUAACUGCUUUUUAUGAUAUGAAGAAUAGCGGCCAAUUUUAAUUAACGUAAUUACGAACUCCUUUAAGUUUCAUUAGUUUAAAGAUAAUAUUUCUUAUUAAUUUUCAGAAAGAAUGCAGUAGACAGUUUUAGUCCCACAGCUGUGAUAAUUAGUGAUGUCGUUUUCGGUUUGGUUUGGUUUGCUUGGAGUUGUUUGGUUUGGUUUGGUUGGCAGCGUGUUACCCGCCAAAUUUUGGCACAUUACCGACCUACAUCUCGACUAUGGAUAUUCUACUCAAGGAGAUGCUGCUAAAAUGUGCCACAA